AUGAUCGAUGAAAUCAACAUAGUCUUUCUUAGCCAACUUCUGAAUAACAUUCAUUUAUCUCAAUCUCACAUCGACGAAGCCGCUCGCUUCUAUAUUAGGCACAGUCACGAUCAAAAAUCUCAACAAUCUCUUUGUGAAGAAUGGUGCAACCAUUUCCACUUUGCCAAAGGAAAUGUAGACGGGGACAAAGUCAUCCUCUCUCUCCUCUACAUGGCACAGAGAGUAAUAGAGUCCUUGAUCAAAUUCGAACGAACAUACUACUUAAUGAGUGAAGCAUUCAAAAAAUAAAUAGUCAAAGCUUUUGUUAUACUUAAGGAUUACAAUUGGACUCCAGAUCUCAAACAAUAAAUUAAGGACCUUAUCAGACAAUGGGAUGAAAAACAACUCUUCAAUAAAUCAGAAAUUUAGAAUAUGCUAGAAACCAUUGAACCAACCAAAAUGAGCAAGGAAAAAUUCAAAAAUCAGUUUGCCCCUCCUUUGUUCCUUAUAGAGUUCGCCAAAAACUACAGAGAAUUAUAAAUUCGCUAGUAAAAAGUCAAUAAAUAUGAAAUGAGUCUCAAUGAACUUAUCAAUUAUGGGACUUAAGACAAAAUUAAUUUGUACAAUUCCUUAUUAGAUCAAUAUUCCCAAUCAGUUGAAAAUCUACAAAAGUAUAGACAACUUGUAAUCAAAGACAUUUUGGAUAAAUUGAAGGAAUUAGAUAAAAUACAUUCCAAAAGCAUCAUUGACUUAAAAUAUCUUGCAAUUAGAGUCCUAGAAUUGAAAAGCAGAAGGGAAAAGAGAAUACAAAAUGAGUACUACCAUGAAUAAUGA